AUUACCAAGUGUCAUCGAAAGUGUCAUAUUAAUAAGUUAGUUAUCGGCAUAAAUACUAUUAAUAAUAACAAUGGAAACAAACGCAACAUUUACCGGUGAUGUGGAUAAAACUCAGAUACCACCGUUAAAUCAAAAGCGUAUACUCGCUUUUGUUAAUCAUUUCCUAAUAAAUACCUGCACUUUUCUCAAUGAAUUUGCCUUGAAUUGCGAAACCAAAUUUGUGCGACUGGAGCGACAACUACAAAGAACGGAAGCGGCUUUAAUAAUUCUAGAAACAAAACUCGCUUCUAUACCGGUAGAUGAUGCAGUUAAUUUCACAAAAACACAUGAAGUAAGCACUGAGGAAACAACUUAUGAUGAAACUGAUAAGCCAGAGGAAGAAGUACCCACAGAAGUAAAAGGCGUACGGGUUUGUGAAGACAUUCGCUACAAGAAAUUCUUUAAAAUGGUGCAAGUGGGCGUACCAGCGCCUGCAGUUAAAAUAAAAAUGCGAACUGAAGGAUUGAACGCUGAAAUGCUUGACAAUCCUGACUUUAUGCUAGAAGACGGCAUUCUGGAAUAGAAUGCGGAAUAUUGAAUAAUGACCCAAACCGUUAUUCAGCACAGAUUGUGAUAUAGCACAUGUAUGAAAUGCUACAUUUUUAAAU